CUUACACAAAGAAUAGAGGCUGAGAAAGCACUCUUGGAACUUAUUGACAGCCCAGAAUGUCUGAGCAAGUGUCAACUUUUAUUAGAACGAGGCACAAAAUGAACAGAACUGAAGUUCACAAAAGUGAAUGAAGUCCACUGUUAGCAAUACUGAUUCAUUAACUUAAAAUAGAUUCAUAUAUUUACCACACAGUAUCUGCCGGUGAACAAUAUGGUGAAUAACCAUAGGCUUUAAACGUGUUACAUUUUUCACAAGCUUUGUAAAUUUGUUCAGCUAAGCCCUUUUCUGCUCCAUAUGUUUUUACCACUAGUGUGACAUAUCGUAGCAGAUUCUACUUCAGUUUAUAUUGAAUUAAUGUGUCCUCAACUUCUUUGAAAAUAUUCUGGCCUGUAGUUCUCCCACAGUCUUCAUAGAGCCCAAUUCUUUAGUUGCGUCACACUCAGCAUUGACUUCUAGAAUAAACAGAUAGUAAGUGUUGGUAACAUUAAGAGUAUGAGCGUUAUGAGAAACAUCUGUCCACUCAUCAAGACUUAAGGAGAACCUUUCCAAAUCAUUUGUCUUGUUUUCAAAUUGACUUUUGAUGUUGUUCCAAUGUCUUCAACUCUUUGAGAAUUUGUUCCCACCAGAAACUAGUAAUCUUAUUUUCUCUGCACAUAUAACUUUGGCUGCUAUAAUAAAACAAUGAUGAUUUAAUUAACUCAUCAUUGGUAAAUGGCUGUGUGAUUGACUAACAAAUGAGCCACUUGGAAACUUUGGUUGCAGUCUCAUUUUUUAUAUUUGUAAAGACAGUCUACUAUGAUGAGAUAAUCAAAUUUUCUAUUUUUUCUGACUUUUGAUUUCCUGAGUUGGGAAUAUUUUGAUGGGAAUAUUGGGGAUAUUACUUGGUCUGAUAUUGUCAGUGUGUAUUAUAUUCUUUUAGGACAACCAUAGUACCAUUGCAUAAAAAGCACAUUGUUUUGCCAUGUAAUCAAUAAAAGAAUAGUCCACACUCCUUUGUGCCUUAAAAAUUAGAUAUUUGAAGUCCACUUUUAUCUUUUCUUAUUUUGAUAUGAUAGACAUACGCUGGUAAUAAUAAAAGGUAUGUGUCAUGUCAUGACAACACCCAUGGCUCUCUAGGCACUGUAGAGUUGUGCCUACCUCACUGCAGUUUAUGAUACUCUGAGCAGCAGUAGGAAGCACUGAGCGCCACGUGUGGUCUCUGUCUUAACUAUUCAAUUCUGCCAUCAUGGCAUGAAAGCUGCCAUAGGCAGUGUGUAAAUGAAUGAGCGUGGCUGUGUUUUAAUAAACUUUUAUGGACACCAAAAUAUGGAUUUCACAUAUUUUUCUGUCACAAAAUAUUGUUAUUGUUUGAUUUUUUUGAACAGUUGAAAAGCUGUUUAAAAUUGUAAAAAACAUUCUUGGAUCACAACCUAUGUAAAAACAGGCAGGAUUUGGUCAGGGGCCAUAGUUUGCCAGCCUCUGGUCUAGAGAAAAAAAGAAGGAGUGUCUUUGCAAGAAUUUCUAGGAGGUGGAGUGAAUACGUGAACCAAAUUUUAAAGAGUGAGCAUGCAUUUAGAGGAUUUGAGUACAGUAUUAAGAUAAUUGGGGGCCAGAGAGAAUAUAGUCAGACAUGGGUUUCAAGGAACACGGAGGUCAGGGUGGGGAAGAUAUGGAAAGGAACCUGAAGGCUAUCAUGGUCAGAGCAAAGUCAAGAAUGGAAUCAGAUGAAUUUGAAGAGAUAAUCAGAGGCCAGAUGGUGUAGGGCUGUAGACCAUGACAUCCUAUGCUCAGCUCCUUGCAGCAACAUGUCUUUCAAAACUUGUCAGCCGUGUCAGUCCUUUACCUGUUGAGCAGAGGAUGGACAUCAGAAACUACAUUCUGAAUUAUGUGGCAUCACAACCCAAGCUGGCCCCCUUUGUCAUCCAAGCUCUUAUUCAAGUCAUUGCUAAAAUCACUAAGUUGGGGUGGUUUGAGGUUCAGAAAGAGCAAUUUGUCUUCAGAGAAAUUAUUGCUGAUGUGAAGAAGUUUCUCCAGGGUACUGUGGAACACUGCGUAAUAGGAGUAAUAAUCCUUUCUGAAUUGACUCAGGAAAUGAACCUGGUUGAUUAUUCUAGACCUUCAGCAAAACACAGGAAAAUAGCUACCUCAUUUCGUGAUACUUCUCUCAAAGACAUUUUAGUGCUAGCAUGCUCUCUUUUAAAAGAGGUGUUGGCCAAACCUUUAAAUCUUCAGGAUCAAUGUCAGCAAAAUCUGGUAAUGCAGGUCUUGAAACUGGUCCUUAACUGCCUUAACUUUGACUUCAUUGGCAGUUCAGCAGAUGAAUCUGCAGAUGAUCUUUGCACAGUGCAGAUUCCAACAACUUGGAGAACAAUUUUCCUGGAACCAGAAACACUGGAUCUUUUCUUCAAUUUGUAUCAUUCACUUCCACCACUACUGUCUCAGUUAGCACUUUCAUGUUUAGUUCAGUUUGCUUCGACGAGAAGGUCCUUAUUUAACAGUCCUGAACGUGCCAAGUACCUUGGUAAUUUAAUUAAGGGAGUAAAAAGGAUACUUGAAAACCCUCAGGGUUUGUCUGAUCCAGGUAAUUAUCAUGAAUUUUGUCGAUUUUUGGCUCGCUUAAAGACAAAUUAUCAGCUGGGAGAAUUAGUUACGGUGAAAGAAUAUCCUGAAGUUAUUAGAUUGAUUGCUAAUUUUACCAUUACUAGCCUACAGCAUUGGGAAUUUGCUCCUAACAGUGUUCAUUAUUUAUUAACUCUGUGGCAAAGGAUGGUAGCAUCUGUUCCUUUUGUGAAAUCAACUGAACCCCAUCUAUUAGACACUUAUGCACCAGAAAUCACGAAGGCCUUUAUCACUUCUCGGUUGGAAUCUGUUGCCAUAGUUGUGAGAGAUCACUUAGAUGAUCCACUGGAUGAUACUGCCACUGUGUUUCAGCAGUUGGAGCAGUUGUGCACUGUCAGCAGAUGUGAAUAUGAAAAGACAUGUGCUCUUCUUGUGCAGUUAUUUGACCAAAAUGCACAGAAUUACCAAAAACUUCUGCAUCCAUCUUCUGGUGUGACUGUGGACAUCAGCAUUCAGGAAGGACGUCUUGCAUGGCUGGUAUACUUAGUUGGGACAGUUGUUGGAGGAAGAUUAACAUACACCAGUACAGAUGAGCAUGAUGCUAUGGAUGGAGAAUUAUCCUGUCGAGUUUUUCAGCUUAUAUCUUUAAUGGAUACUGGAUUGCCUCGGUGUUCUAAUGAGAAAAUAGAGCUUGCAAUUCUGUGGUUCUUGGAUCAGUUUCGUAAAACAUAUGUUGGUGAUCAACUUCAAAGAACCUCAAAGGUAUAUGCUCGUAUGUCAGAAGUCUUAGGAAUAACAGAUGACAACCACGUUCUAGAAACAUUCGUGACAAAAAUUGUUACAAACCUUAAAUACUGGGGAAGAUGUGAGCCUGUAAUUUCAAGGACUCUUCAGUUCCUAAAUGACCUUUCUGUUGGCUAUAUCCUUUUAAAGAAACUUGUGAAGAUAGAUGCUGUGAAAUUCAUGCUAAAAAACCACACGAGUGAACACUUCCCUUUUCUUGGCAUCAGUGACAGUUACAGUCUCAGUGACUUCAGGUGUCGAACAACCUUCUACACAGCGCUCACUCGCCUUCUGACGGUAGAUCUAGGCGAAGAUGAGGAUGAAUUUGAGAAUUUCAUGCUACCUCUUACAGUUGCUUUUGAAACAGUAUUACAAAUAUUCAACAACAACUUUAAACAAGAAGACGUAAAGCGUAUGUUGAUCGGGCUGGCAAGAGAUCUUCGAGGGAUUGCCUUUGCACUGAACACAAAGACCAGCUACACCAUGCUGUUUGACUGGAUGUACCCAAUAUAUCUUCCCAUUCUUCAAAACGCUGUUGAACGGUGGUAUGGAGAGCCAGCAUGUACAACUCCCAUCUUGAAACUUAUGGCAGAACUGAUGCAAAACAGAUCCCAGCGUCUGAAUUUCGAUGUAUCAUCUCCUAAUGGAAUUCUUCUCUUCAGAGAAGCUAGUAAAAUGGUUUGCACUUACAGUAAUCAGAUCCUGUCCCUUGGGAGCCUCUCAAAAGAUCAGAUUUAUCCAAUGAAACUCAAGGGCAUCUCCAUCUGCUAUUCAGCUCUCAAGUCUGCCUUGUGUGGAAAUUAUGUCAGCUUUGGCGUCUUCAAGUUGUAUGGGGACAACCAUUUUGACAAUGUACUCCAGGCCUUUGUCAAAAUGCUGCUGUCAGUGUCCCACAGUGACUUGCUACAAUACCGGAAACUGAGCCAGUCUUACUAUCCACUUCUGGAAUGUCUCACUCAGGACCACAUGAGCUUCAUCAUCAACUUAGAGCCUCCUGUACUCAUGUAUGUUCUCACGUCUAUCUCAGAGGGACUCACUACUCUUGAUACAGUUGUCUCCUCCAGCUGCUGUACCAGUUUAGACUACAUCGUCACCUACCUCUUCAAGCACAUAGCAAAAGAGGGCAAGAAGCCACUUCGAUGCGGAGACACUACCCAGGCUGGUCAGAGACUAUUACGUUUUAUGCAGCAAAACCCAGAUGUCCUGCAGCAGAUGAUGUCUGUCCUCAUGAACACCAUUGUCUUUGAAGACUGUCGGAACCAGUGGUCAGUAUCCAGGCCUCUCCUAGGGCUCAUCCUGCUCAAUGAGAAGUAUUUCAGUGAACUGAGAGCGAGUCUGAUAAACAGCCAGCCUCUCCCCAGGCAGGAGGUCCUUGCCCAGUGCUUCAGAAACCUAAUGGAAGGAGUGGAGCAGAAUCUGUCCAUCAAGAACAGAGACAGGUUCACCCAGAAUCUGUCUGUAUUCAGAAGAGAUGUGGCAGAGGCUCUGCGCAGUGACGGCAACACUGAACCAUGCAGUCUCGACAUGAUGGGCUGACCCGAUUUUCCUGACCGUGUGUGGAGCAGCCUUUGUCGAGAGACUCCUGAAGGUCUGGGUCUCAGGACAGUGAUGUUGGCUAGCCCAGGGGAAUGUAUUUUUCAAAAUAUACAAGCAACAACAAAAGCCCUACCUUCUUCUAUGUCUAACCUAAUUAUAAGAAUUCCUAACAGUACACAGUGUAAAUUCAGUCUUUUCUCUGAAAAGCAAAGGAUGUGUUUUCAGUCUUUCUAUCAAAUAUUAUCUUUGUUCUCCUAAUGCUCUGAAAGGGUAUAGAAACAAUAUUUAACCAAAGAACAGAAUAAACCAGGUUUGCACCUAAGUGUGUACUAGUUUAUGGUUCUGCAAUCAAGGUUGUCAAUUUGUUGGAGAUGCAGCCUUCACCAUGGACUCUGGAUUGAGAUGAAUGCCGCUGGAACCUGUUAAAUGAGUAGUUUGUUGUGUGUCUGGAAGAGGCAGCGUUAGGGACUUUGGGCUGUGAGCAUUUAGAGCGAGCCUGGAAGCACUACAGAGCAUCCCACAGGACCACACGCAGGCCUCCCUGCCUCAGCUGCAUCUGAUAAAGUUGAGAGACAGUAACACAAUUAAAUGACUUACAAACAAUGUUUGCUUUUCACUGGCAUAAAUCUGAAGUGGUUCAGUCUAGAAGAAUUAAGCUGUGCAAUUACUGCCUGCAGAGAUAUUUCUUCAGGAGGAGUCAUGUAGCCCCAGUCAGGAGUUCUGGGUGGUGCCAGCAUCCAUCCUCUGCCUCCACUUAAUUUUUAAGAGAAGGUUAAGGUAACUAUUAGAAUAUAAUAUUUAAAGCAGCUCUGCCUUCUUAGGGCUACCCAAAACAGUUCUAGGUGCUAAAAUUCAGAUUUUCAGAGGAUGAGAAACAGCUGGUUUCCAACUCUCCACAAACACUCUUAUUACUGUUGGGACUUGGGAUUGUGACUUAACCCAAACCCAGAACACGAAGAAGACCUUUACAGUUUGUGCUACACUGUUACUAGGCUAUUAAUUUGAGAUUGCCCACUGUCAAGUGUUUUACUAUCUCACUGCUGUUUUUAUGAUUCUGGCUUACAAUAAAUAUUGUGUCCUUUAUUUCUGAUAAGACAUGAAAGGUUGGCCUUACUGUUGAACAAGAAGUAAAUCCACAGGCUCCUGUUAUAAUCUCAUUUCUCAGACUAGUGUUUCUUGAAACCUUUCUUGAUAGUUGAGUUUUGCAAUAGGCUUGUCAUAUAAAAGCAGAGUCACUCAAGUUUAUCUCAAAAUGUUUGUCUUCUAAGUAUGAAGGAAAUGAGGGGAAAAUAUGUUACAUGUGGGGUUACUUCUAGUAUUUAAUGGAUAAAUAAGCUUUGGCCUUACACUAUGUUUCAUUAGAAAUGGAAUUUAUAAUUUUCCUUGAGAAGGUGAAUUCUGAAUUCUGUAAAACAUCAGCUGUUCAGAGAAGUUUGACAUGAAUUUCUGUUUCUUAAAGGCGUAUAACUGCACACUCACCACACAGAAAUGUGUUAAGAAAGGUUUGUCCCAUUCUGACAUUCUUUACAAAUGUCUAGUAUCUAAAAGCACCAUAUUGUUUGCAUUAAAAUGUUCACCAGAAUAUGA